UCUUGGUUGAGAAACCAAACGCACAAUCAUGGCUACCCGCCUGUUUCUUGUUCUUUUGUGAACCAGAGUAAGGUGUGCAUACUUUGUAAUUGGUCCGUUUUGUUUGUUAUUCUGUGCAUAUGAUGCAAUCUCUGUGGCUUUCUUCUUCUUCUUUACUGCGUUUUCUUUACCGCAGCGUCAGACGAAAAGACAAAUUUUAGCCAAGAAUGUCAAGGUCCAUAUUCCGCGCAGUUCAUUACAGUGCGGGUCCAGAAGUGGGUCGCUUUGAAAUGGCCGUGAUUAAAGAGCUAAUUUAUCAGUUACACAGUGUAACCCCGACGAUCUUUUCUGCAGCGUGGUCAACAAGAGAACAAAUACUGGGAGGCGCCAUUCGUUGGUUUGUUUUUUAUGGCGAUGACUCCCUAUUUUUAAAUACAUAUCUAUAUUUCCAUGCAGCGGUGUACCUCAACAAGUCUUAUUCUUGGAAUACUUUUGUAGCGACAACAGCUAGCCGCCAAACAGGGCGAGAAAAAGAUGGCCUUUGGUUAUUACGGCCCGUGGAACUAUCUAGAAUCAACAAAACCAAUUGUUGUCGUCAUCGCCAAUUGGAAUGUUGACUUAAGUUACCUAGGAACAUGCGCAUUUAACUUAAUAACAUGGGAUGAUUCGAGUUGUACAACGCUGCAUCACGUUUCCCGGGUUCAAGUGUAGUUUGCGGCCGUUACACUGAGCCUUCUAGCUGCUUUUACUGCUAAAACAACCGGUGAUUUAGAUAACCGUGUUGAUCAGAAAGGCCGUCCAGGCAUGUGAGUGACGAGGGAUUCCAGCUGAGCUCCGUUCCUUCUGUGUUGUAUGGAUGUUAUCAAUAACGCGGCCUUCGAUUACCGCGCGACACAAAAGGUGGCCGCCGCGUGUUCAGCCGUCAGGUAUCCGGUAUUGUCGGGUCAGCCGUACGACAAAACGGAGCGCACCAGACCGAUGUUAGACGACACGGGGGUGACAAGUCUGAGGGCUUUUCCUUUCUUCCAGGUGUGAGCAGGGGAAAAUGGAGGUCGGGACAGCCUAGUGAAAGGAGCCGUCAGAGCAGGUAACAUUGCCUGCUAAGAACCAAUUGACAGGACUUAGGAACCGUUACGACGAAACACAAGAAUGCCGGGAAGCUACCAGACAUCUAUCAUGAAAGCAGCUUUCGGCUGAGUCGUGACUAUGCAAUAGGUUAUUUUAUGGUGUCAGUCAGCUGAUUGAGGAACAACCUUUUACCGAGUUUGUGUUCGUGCGGGAUAAUUAUCGACUCCAGCACAUCUUUGUUUACAUUGAAGUCCCGCAUUUACCGUGGUCCGUGCAUACAACCUGUUGUCCUUUCCAUGACCCAGGGGCUCUCCAGAUCUAGAGAGGACGCUUCAAAACCCAAGUUGGCAUGUACGCAUUGCAUGCAGACCUCCAUUGCCGAGUUACAAGUCACGGGCACUUGAACGCUGGGUUUGGAACUUGAUAUACGGCAUCACUUCACACCGACAUUCCGGUCGAGGACUUACUAAUCGUUCUGACGAGAAAGGAUAUUUAUUCUUCGCCUGAGGCCUACCGACUGAACUACACGUAUCUCCGACUGGAGUAAGUACGCCCCAUUUACGUCGCACAAAGCCACCUGUACUCGUUCGACACUUUGUUUCCCGAUUCUUCACUAUAAAAGACUAAAUGUUUUCGUAACCAACUAAAGACUACGGCUGCGAACAAAGACAGUCCGUGUGCUGAAAACACGGGGCACGGCAAAGCACCUUAACCUGUCACUCUGAUAUCGCUGAGAACGCGUCGUCCAUUCACGGAUUUAAGUCAAGAACACACAGUGUUUUUCUGAGCCAAUUUUCUUCUCACUGAGGUCCCGACUUCGCAUUAACAACUUAAGGCUGAUUUACUGCCGCGGUGUGACAGUUCGCUUUUUUUGUGUCAUAAGAAGCGUCAAGUUUGCUUGGAAAAACGUCAACGCACCUGUCAGCGACGUGAAUGACUCCACAGUCUGACUUGUCGGUCACUUAGCUACCUGGAACGGGAUUUUAUACCGCCGCACAGCUGUGUGUGACUGUUGCGACUUGUGCGAACCCCACACCUUGUUGAUACUCGGGCGGUUUAGUCGCAGGGACCCAUCGCCGCAGAGAGAAAGCGUGUGUACCCCACCCGUACCCAGACGGCUCUCAUAGAGUAAACCCAACCCGCGCGGUCCAUAUCAGGUGAGAGAGUACCGGCGCUUAGAGGGGUCAGAGGGGUAGCGUGAGCAAAUACUGAAACAGGCGCGUAACUCGUGUGGUGGGUUCGUGUUUGCCGCCAUGGAAGAGGCCAAGAGAGAGAACGGCAACGGUGAAAAGAACAUGGCCGACGACAUCGCGUUGAGUCUGAAAGGUCUCCACGUCACCAAGACGAAGAACAGAGAGAUGACUGCGAGGAACAGGUCACUAGAGAACCUACUUCAGUCCAAGGAGAAGGCGCUGAAGAAAGUUGAGGAGGGCAAUAUCCGUGCCAUUAACCACAUCCAACAGAAACUGCUGCAGUCUCUUGAGAUCGACAAAACGCAGAGUAUGGAAGACCUUCGGACCUUACAGCACGUCAACCGGAUGAGCCUGGCGCCCCUGGUUAGCAGGGCGGUGGGAACACUUGAAGACGAAACCCCGGAGGACUCCCCGACGGGAAGCGGAGACCAGUCGCCGAGAUCCGGUGGGUCUACCCCGGGGUCAUCGACCCCCACCACCCCUCGACGGCUCAAGCCCCUGACGCGAACGGUGUCAGACGGACCUGUCAGCAAACGGCUGUCACGAAAGCUAGCCCUCCAAGAGGACAUGUUUCGACUACCACCUGUCAACAAGCAUAUUGAACCGCUUAGGAAACGUUCCUACUCAGACUCUGCCUCUUUACCGAGCCCGCCUGCCUUCCCGAGAGGACUAAAUGAUCGUUCACCUGUACCGACCCCUCCGGCGUCGCCUCGCCCGGCCUCCGCGUCUCCUCGCCGGGCGGGUCCUCUCGGGUCACCCCGUUCUCAGGCAGGGUCGAACCCGUCUUCUCCGCGCCAGGUGUCGCCUUCUCUAUCUCCGCGAGAUGCUCCGGUAUCCUCCUCCCCACGUGCUGCUGAAAACAGGCCGGCCUCUGCAAGCGCCCACCCUCCGCCUCCCCCCAGCACGCAGGGGUGGACUUCCGCGGCCAACGUUAGACCGAUGUCGGCCAGUCCUCGGGGCCGGCCUGGAUCGGCCAGUCGCCCGGCCAGCGGGAAGCCAAGAGCCAUCCUCUUACAUUCCAACUCAUCUCUGUUACUAGAUGCUGUGUCCUCUCCGCGUCUGCUCAGAAGAGUCAACACAGCCCCUCCCCACAGACUCAUACCGUCUCUCAAACCUCAAGACUCUUCACACUCUCCACGUGCAGAUGACGCCGAACAGAAAGACGAUCACAUUGAUGCGACGUCGCCGAAAGUCGUCCGGAAAAGCCAGGCGCCGCCGUCCUAUAUGCGCAGCACGGGCUCGAGCCGCUGGAAGUGCCGGCGGAUCCGGCCGGCCGACGUGUACGCCAGCGAUUCAUCAGACGACGAAGAGGACUCGCGAACAGCUACAUUCACCAGGAUGAUGCCGCUAUACCUCAGUCAGCAAGGGACGCCGCUGGUCAAGAGAGACUUUUCCGUCAAACCAAGCGAGUCGGGAGGCAUGAGGGAUAGUUUUGAAGAGUUAAAGACGUGUCGGUACCUUCGGAAAGGAAAGCAAUGACACAGAAGACUUGAACCCAGAGCAGACAUGAUAGUAUGACUCCUUUAAGACUGUUUGCAGUGCAUAUUUAAACUGAGAAAAAAGACUCGUGCUUUCUGAUGCCGCAAGUGAAAAUGUCCGAAGGACUUAGUCCCUCAAGUAAUACGUAAGUUUCAAUUAUUCAGAUUACUUCUUACACAAUGAUGUAGUGUUAAGGUGAUACAGUGAG